AGGUCUUCCAUUUUAUUGUGAAUAUAUUAUAAGAUCAACAAGUGUUGCAUCAACUUGUACUAACAACUCUAUCUUGCUGAAAUUUCAGUUUCACCAUGGCCCCAUCCUCGUCUCGUGCUCCGCCUCUUCCGAACAAGUCCAGCGGCACACACUACGACACUCUCGGUGUUGGCAAGAGUGCUGGAGGUGAUGAGAUCAAAAAGCAGUACCGAAAGCUUGCCCUAAAGUGGCAUCCAGAUAAGAAUAAGGGGAGCCGUGAAGCAGAGGAAACCUUUAAACGAGUGGCGGAAGCGUAUUCUGUUCUUCAAGAUGCGCAGAAGCGGAAAGAAUAUGAUGCACAAAUUCUAGCGGCCGGUCGUGACUCCUCU